CCUCCAGACCGACGCGUCCUGCCGGCCGCUCCGCGCUCCGCGACGUCGUCCACAUCGGCAUCCUCGACCGACACGUCUUCGACGCCGUCCUCCGCGACCUCCUCGACGCACGGCUAUGUCGGUGCGGUGCCACGCAGAGGCCCACUGGCCCCGCGCCCCCGCAGCGUAGCCCUGCCCUACAGUGUGUCAUCGCAGUAGACAGUGUGUGACAGUGAGUGCGGCGCCCCGUCGAACGCAUCAGCGACGUCCAGCAUCGACGCCAAGGCCUUUCCAGGCCGGCUCCAGGCUCCAGGCCGGCUCCAGCCAAGUUCAAGGCUGAUGCCUUGGCCGAGGCCCGGUCCUCGCAGGAAGUGAGCAGCCACAGCCAUGAGCGGCAUCGUGGGGCUGCCCGCCGCCCUCACGGGGCUGGCCGGCGUCGGCAGCUUCGUGUCCAACGCGGCCUACUUCGUGCCCAUGCUGGUGGCCGCCGUCGCCUACUUCAACUACGACAACAUGGACCCCGAGUCCAGGCCCAUCAACGUGCCCACCGAGGAGCUGUGGCCGUCGUACGACUUCAUCAUAGUGGGGGCCGGCUCCGCAGGGGCGGUGCUGGCCAACCGGCUGACGGAGGUGGAGAACUGGCGAGUGCUGCUGCUGGAGGCGGGGCCCGACGAGACCGACAUCUCGGACGUGCCCGUCCUCGCCGGCUACCUGCAGCUCAGCAAGCUCGACUGGAAGUACAAGACUGAGCCGCAGGGAACCGCGUGUCUAGGCAUGAAGAACGGGCGCUGCAACUGGCCGCGCGGCAAGGUGAUCGGCGGCUCCUCCGUGCUCAACUACAUGCUGUACGUGCGCGGCAACAAGCGAGACUACGACGCGUGGGAGGCGGCGGGCAACCCGGGCUGGGGCUCGGACGAGACGCUGUACUACUUCAAGAAGAGCGAGGACAACCGCAACCCGUACCUGGCGCGCACGCCCUACCACUCGCAGGGCGGCUACCUGACGGUGCAGGAGGCGCCCUGGCACACCCCCCUGGCCGCCGCCUUCGUGCAGGCCGGCGUGGAGAUGGGCUACGAGAACCGCGACUGCAACGGCGAGUUCCAGACGGGGUUCAUGAUCGCGCAAGGCACCACGCGGCGCGGCGCGCGCUGCAGCACGGGCAAGGCGUUCCUGCGGCCGGCGCGCCUGCGCAAGGGGCUGCACGUGGCCAUGAACGCGCACGUCACGCGCGUGCUCAUCGACCCCAAGACCAAGCUGGCGUACGGCGUCGAGUUCCGGCGCGACGGCACCAUGCACCGCGUGCGCGCCACCAGGGAGGUCAUCCUCUCCGGCGGCGCCAUCAACAGCCCGCAGCUCCUCAUGCUGUCCGGCGUCGGCCCCAAGGAGCACCUGCGCUCCCUCGGCAUCCCCGUCAUCCACGACCUCAAGGUCGGCGAGAACCUCCAGGACCACGUGGGCCUCGGCGGCUUCACCUUCAUGGUCAACAAGGAGGUGUCCAUGGUGCAGAACCGCAUCGAGAACGUGCCGUCCGUGCUGCGCUACGCCAUGUUCGGCGACGGCCCGCUCACCGUGCUCGGAGGCGUGGAGGGGCUGGCGUUCGUCAACACCAAGUACGCCAACGCGUCGGACGACUGGCCCGACAUCGAGUUCCACUUCGUGUCCGGGUCCACCAACUCGGACGGCGGGCGGCAGCUGCGCAAGGCGCACGGGCUGACCGACGCGUUCUACAACACCGUCUUCGACCCCAUCAGCAACAAGGACGUGUGGUCCGUCAUCCCCGUGCUGCUCAGGCCCAAGUCGCGCGGAGUCAUCAAGCUGCGCUCCAGCAACCCGCUCGACUACCCGCUCAUCUACCCCAACUACUUCUUCGACCCGGACGACAUGAAGGUGCUCAUCGAGGGCGUCAAGGUGGGCGUGGCCAUCAGCAGGACCAAGUCGUUCCAGCGGUUCGGCAGCACCAUGCACAACAUCCAGUUCCCCGGGUGCACGGCGGUGCCCAUGUGGACGGACGCGUACUGGGAGUGCAUGAUCAGGCACUACUCCGUCACCAUCUACCACCCGGUGGGCACCUGCAAGAUGGGCCCCGCCUGGGACCAGGACGCCGUCGUGGACCCCCAGCUCCGGGUGUACGGCAUCCGGGGGCUGCGCGUCAUCGACGCCUCCGUCAUGCCCACCAUGGUGUCGGGCAACACCAACGCGCCCACCAUCAUGGUGGCCGAGAAGGGCGCCGACAUGAUCAAGGACUUCUGGCUGCGGAAGACCGGCCAGCAGCAGGGCAGCAGCGAGAACAUGCGGAUCGACAUCGGCAGGAAACGCCCUGCACGUAGGCGCCCCGGAGUCCCGGACACCAUGCGGCCGCCGUCGCUGGGCCUGGGCCUGCAGGGCCUGCACCGCGGCGUCGGCUUCCUCACGCACACGCGCAUCGCCGUCAGCUACGGCCCCGGCUUCCUGUUCAUCGUCAUUGCGCGCCUCGCCAUCAUCGCCUUCCGGCCCGACAUCGUGGACCGCGACAACCGGCCGCAGGACACGCCGGCGCACCGGCUGCGCACCAGCUACGACUUCAUCGUGGUGGGCGGCGGCACGGCGGGCUGCGUCCUGGCCAACAGGCUGACGGAAAACCCCGAGUGGACAGUGCUGCUGCUGGAGGCGGGCGGCGACGAGCAGUACCUCUCCGACGUGCCCAUCCUCAUGCCCUCCCUGCCCAACUCGCAGGUCGACUGGAAGUUCAAGACGGAGCCGCAGUCCAACGCCUGCCACGCGUUCAGGGAGUCUAGGUCGUCCUGGCCCAGGGGGAAGGUCCUGGGCGGCUGCAGCACCAUCAACGGCAUGCUGUACAUCCGCGGCAACCGGCGCGACUACGACGCCUGGCGGGACACGGGCUGCCCGGGCUGGGGCUACGACGACAUCCUGCCCUACUUCAAGAAGAGCGAGGACAUGCGCGCGCACGACCUGCGCGGCUCGCCGUACCACGGCGUGGGCGGCGAGCUGAGCGUCGAGUUCUACAAGUACUACUCGCACAUCGCCGACGACUUCCUGGAGGCCGGCAAGGAGCUGGGGAUCCGCAUCGGCGACGUCAACGGCGAGGUGCAGACGGGGUUCAUGAAGUCGCACGCCACCGUGCGCCAGGGGCUGCGCUGCUCCGCGUCCAAGGCGUUCCUCCGGCCCGCCUCCAAGCGGCCCAACCUGCACGUCAGCCUGCACUCCAUGGCGCAGCGCGUGCUCAUCGUGGAGGGCCGCGCCGUGGGGGUGGCCUUCCGCAAGCGCGGCAGCGCCAGCCUGCACGUCGCGUACGCCAGCAGGGAGGUCAUCCUGUCCGCCGGCGCCGUGCAGACGCCCCAGCUGCUCAUGGUGUCCGGCGUGGGGCCGGCCGAGCACCUGCAGGAGGUCGGCGUGCCCGUAGUGCUGGACUCGCCCGGCGUCGGCGGCAACCUCCAGGACCACGUGGCGCUGGGCGGCACGGCGUACCUGGUGGACUCGCCGCCGCACACGGGCCCCAUGGGGGAGGUCUUCAUCCUGCCCAGGGCCGCCACCCUGCAGACGCUGCUGGGCUUCAUCACGGGCACGGGCGGCCCCAUGUACGCGUGGCCGCAGGGGGAGGUCAUGGGCUUCGUCAGCACAAAGUACGCCAACCAGUCCGACGACUGGCCCGAUGUGCAGCUCUUCCUGGCGAGCGCCAGCGACGCGUCGGACGGCGGCAUCUUCAACAUGCGCAACCUGGGCGUGGAGGACGACGUGUACGCCGCCGUGUACGAGCCCAUCCUGUACCACGAGGCCUACUCCGUGGUGCCGCUGCUGCUGCGGCCGCGCUCCAGGGGCACCGUGCGCCUCCGCAGCGCCGACAUCGACGAGCACCCCGUCAUCGACCCCAACUACCUGGCCGACCCCAGGGACGUCGAGAUCCUGGUGGAGGGCGCCAAGGCGGGCUACAGGCUAAUGGACACACGGGCCUUGCGGGCACUCAACGCGCGCAUCAACCCCAACAAGUUCCCCGCCUGCGAGCACCUGCCCUUCCCCUCCGACGAGUACUGGGCCUGCCAGGCACGGCAGUACUCCAUGACCAUCUACCACCCGGUGGGCACCUGCAAGAUGGGUCCGGAGUACGACCCCCUGGCCGUCGUGGACCCCCGCCUGCGCGUCUACGGCGUGGUGGGGCUGCGCGUCGUGGACUGCUCCAUCAUGCCCACCAUCCCCAGCGGCAACACCAUGGCGCCCGUCAUCAUGGUGGCCGAGAAGGCCGCCGACAUGAUCAAGCAGGACUGGCACGCGCCGUGGACGCCGCCCGACGCGCCCCGCGAGGCCGCGGAGUACGCCGACUACUUCUACGGCUGGUAGCAAAACUAGAGCGCUCGCCGGGUGUUAAUUUAAGAGAAUAAUUUUAAGAGAUAAUUUUAUAAGGAAAUAAAGACUGAGAUUGUAUCAA